AUGAACAAACAAUUGACGGGGACUAGCGAAGCGGAAACAGAGGAGCUAAAUCCACCGGAUGGCUUGGGCAGGCAGAAAGCCGUAACAUCUACAAAAGAUCCUUCUUCCAAACAAACAUCCGAAUUAAACUUUCCAGCAAAGUUGUUCGUUAUUCUUAGUACCCCCGGAUACAGUGACAUCAUAUGCUGGUUGCCUCACGGUCGCUCGUGGCGAGUCCUGCAGCCUCAGCAGUUUGAAGAGAAAGUGCUUCCUCACUUUUUUCGACAUGGUCGUUAUGCAUCGUUCACUCGACAAGUAAACGGAUGGGGGUUCCGUCGAAUUGUAUCUGGACCAGACUACAAUAGCUACUAUCACAAGGACUUUCUGAGGGGCAAACCAGAGCUCUAUAAAAAGAUGAGACGGCCAACCAAAGAAGAGAGAGAGAUCGACGAAACCGACUCUCUGCCCGAUUUCUAUAGCAUGGAGCCAUUGACAAGAGAUUUGCAGGCGGCAAAGCAAGUGAGGGCAGUGACAUAUGCCUCGCCUCCAGCACAAUCUACUUCUUCUUUCUCGCGAUCACCUAUUGAUCGUAGAAACCUAUCAUUCUUAACGCCCAUGGAACAGCACGUUCAAUUGCAAAGAGAGCUGGUAAUGCUCGAGCAACGGCGGCAAGCGAUUUUGUCUCAGUUGCAGGCACUGCCGUCCAUUCCCGUGAUCCCGGCGCAACGAAUGCUAAUUUUAUCUCAACAAAUCAUCCGUCCGACAAAUGCACAGUCACCCAUUGGUACUGGGUUUCAAUCACAGCUCAAUUCGCUGCGGAUACAGCAAUCUUUACUUCAGCAACAGCAGCAGCAGCAUCUUCCAGUCGCCUGGCCUCACAAUCUACUUGGUCAUCGAGUCAGCAUGGAUCAAAGUCAAGGGUCAUCAUCAAGGAAAACAUCCAACGAAGAAUAG